AUGGCUAUAGAUACUACUACCAGCACCACCAACGGUGUCAAUAUCUCGUCUCAAACUAACUCCAAUGGUCAAAUCAAUGCUUCAGACAUCAACUCUUACGAUGUAAUCAUCGUUGGAGGAGGCAUCGCAGGGAUUGGAGCAGCCAUUGGGGCCAAACAAGCCUCGCCCAACGCCACAGUCUUGAUCAUAGAAUCUGAAGGAUGUCUGGGAGGAGCUGCGACUCAUCGUGGUGUCCUGUCCUUCGCUGGGCUAUAUAGUGUGGAAGAUAAACCCAGGAGGGCUGUUGGCGCCAUAUGGACGGAGAUUCACAAGAGAUUGGUCGAGGAAAGGGCGGCAGCUGAGACGCCAGAUCGGAUUGUGGCGUACGUUCAGAAUUUUGAUCCUGAAGGCCUGAAACGCGUCCUCGAUGACAUCACGUUUGACUAUGGCAUCGACGUCCUCCUGCAUUGCACUGUAGUCGGCGGUGCACGUGAUGGGGAUAUGAUAACGGCAAUUGAGGUUCAGGAGAGGAGAGGUCGCCGGAAGAUAUCUGCAAAGGCCUUCGUCGACUGCUCGGGAGAUGGUGAUCUUUCAUUCCACGGUGGCGCAUCCACUCGAUACGGCAAUCAUGGACAUGUGAACAUGGGCUCUUUGGCCACUAGAUUUGGUGGGCUAGCUAAUGCCAACCCAACUUCAGCAGCAUGGCGUGACGCCAUUAUUGCUGCAAAGGAGAAGGACCCAAGUCUGAAAAAGAUUAUUCCUCGUAAUGUUGGGGUAUUAAUCAAAUUGCCGGGAUCAGGAGAUAUUUGCACUUACAUGGCUUCGGCUCAAUACGAUGCCACAAACAGCGCAAGCAUUGCUGCAGCUGAGCAACAAGGUAGAAGACAAGCCAGAGUGUACCUCGAUAUUCUUCGGAAACUCCCUGGCCAUGAAAAUAUAUACCUUGCCUCAACUGGACCCAAUUUUGGCACUCGAGAGUCGCGCCAUAUAAAUUCCCGAUACCAGUUGACCAAAAGCGAUAUCAUGGAUGGCCGAGAUUUUGAAGACACCGUGGCAGUAGGCGCAUGGUACAUGGAAUGGCACGACAGUACACGAGAAGAUUGGCCUAUACUCUUCCAAGCGCCCCCUGAAGGAACGUUUGAUAUUCCGCUGCGGUCACUGUGGAGUGAAGACACUCGCAAUCUGUUCUGUGCUGGGCGUUGCGUCGACGGAGAUCAGUCCGCGAGUAGCGCUUUCAGAGUGCUAGGAUGUGCCUUAGUUACGGGUCAGGCUGCGGGUGUGGCAGCUAGUCUGACGGCGAGGGAAAACAGGGAACCAAGCCAUGAAGAAGUGCAACAAAUCCUUAGGAAAAAUGGUGCAUUAUUCGAUCGACACGAAUUAGUGAGAGCCGCAUACGUGGAAGAGCCGGAAGGUCGAAAUCUAAGCCACCAUGACGCUUUGAGCACUUGA